AUGGCUACGAUAGGGAUGAUGGACAGUGCGUAUUUUGUUGGAAGGAAUGAGAUUCUUUCUUGGAUCAAUGACAGGCUUCAGCUCAAUCUAUCUCGCGUUGAGGAGGCCGCAUCUGGUGCUGUGCAAUGUCAGAUGAUGGACAUGACCCAUCCAGGAAUUGUUCCAAUGCAGAAGGUGAAUUUUGAUGCAAAGACCGAAUACGAUAUGAUCCAAAAUUACAAAGUUCUGCAGGAAAUCUUUAACAAACUCAAAAUUGACAAGCAUAUUGAAGUCAACAAACUUGUAAAGGGUCGACCUUUAGACAACUUGGAGUUUUUGCAAUGGCUGAAACGUUAUUGUGAUUCUGUAAAUGGUGGCAUUAUGAAUGAUCUGACUCAAUUUUAUUUGCAGUCUAUCUGUUUCUUAAGGUUUUUUGAGUCUUCCAGGAAUUAUAAUCCUGUGGACCGUAGAAGUAAGGGCAAUAAGGAACGAAAUCCCAAGGGUUCUCUUAGGACCUCGAAGUCACUGCAAGCAAACAAAUGUUAUAACCCUGGCUUGGGGACCAAAGAAGGCAAAGCAAACACUAUAGGUGUGGGGGCUGAUUCAUCAAAGGAAAUUCAAGCUUUGUCCACAGAGAUAGCUGUGGCAAUUAAGAAGAUAUUAUACGCCGCAGAUGAAAAGGAGUCGGCACUUGCAGAAGCUCAAGAAAUCAUAAGUCAGUUGAUGAAUGUUGAUCAAACGGAUGUGGGUUCUGAGUCUAACUGAAAUGGUGCAGGUUCUUGCCGACGAGAAUAAGAGGCAUCUUGGGUGAUAUUUCAUCAACUAAAGCUUUCGGGUAUCAUUUAGGUAAAACACUAUGGAGACACUUCAUUUUAAGCACAGUUCAAGGAGGUUGAUAUUCUUCCUUAACCUCCCCCACCUGCACACUAGAAGGUGUUUGGGCCACUUUCUCCUUUUCCCCAACUCUUUUUUCCGAUGAUGCAGAAGCAUAUUCGAACUUCUUUCCACGGAUUUAGACGUUGUAUUGUACCUUUCUGAUUUCAUGUUGCAUUGUACUUUACAGUUAGGUUUUGUACAGGUUUUACCCAUAUAACCGAGUUGCAACUCAGAUUUGUUUGUGGUAGACAUCAUUCUGUGGCUAAUUCCUCCACGAAUAUGAGAGCUGAACCAAACCUUACAAAUCUAUGGGUAACGACUACACCACAUUGAUCUAUGGGUAAAUAUAAUACCAG